AAGAUCCUCAAAACAUUACUAAUCAAACUCCAAAAUUCACAAAACACACUCCAAAACUCCAAAAUGCAGACAUCUUUAACCUUUGCAGCCACCACCACCGUUGUGCCUCUUACAACACCAAAGAGUGUCUCACAUCUUAGUACUUUCCCUACCAAAUUCAUUGCCUCAAGUGCUUCUCCACCUCGUUACACUGCAAUCAAAGUUGCAUCCGGGAACUCUGACCCUUCAACAGUCAACUACAACUCAGCAUUCUCUGUGUUUCCAGCUGAGGCAUGUGAAACGGUUGGAGGGGAAGCUUGUUUGGCAGACAUGUAUCCUGAAGUGAAGCUUCAGCCAGAGGCAAGUAAUGACACACCAAAGGCUGCAACUUCAGAGAACAUUGAGAGAGACUAUCUUGAAUACAAUGACCCUAAGACGGUUUUCCAAGCUGAGGCAUGUGAUGAUCUUGGAGGAGCUUUCUGUGAACCUGAUUAUCAAAAGGGUGUCUACUAGAAGAAAUUAGAAAAAAAAAGCCUGUUUUAUGGCCAUGAAUGUUUCAUACUACUGACUUGUAGUAUUGAUUGUAGAUAUAUAUAAUGAGUUGUGUUAUUUAAAUAUCAAAAGUUUGUGCAACA